UAAAAACAAACACGGCAUGUCCUAAAACCAAACAACAAUCGCUCCAUAUGAAAAGUAUUGCUCAUCGCUGGUUUCGUUAUUGUGUUGGAUAUAUUCUAUUCCUGAAUCUGCUACUAAAACCUAUGCCUUAUUUUUUCGUCCACGAACCGAAAGUUCAUAGUGUUCUAUUUUCACCGAGCUGCGUACCCACGCCCCAACAUUCCUUGACAAUCGAUAGAGGAGCUUAUGAUACAACUGGAGUAAAGAAGCCAGGCGCACCACCCCCACCACCCAAAUAGGCAAGAGCAGGAACAUCUAGCUGAAUAUUAAACAACCAGAAAGCAGCACAAUACAGGGGCAGAAAUGGAGGCACUGGAUCCAAG